UGGACCUCCUCAUGACCCCAGCUUUGCUCAGGAGCCCGAGGGACUGGUCCCCGGCACCCAUAGGUGGCCUGCUAGGGACCUGGAAUUCAGGCCCCUUCUCUGCAGGAGCCCCACUGGUGCCCCCUCUUGGUUUCAGCAGGCCACCCCCCGUCUCCUGGCCACUCCCAAGAGCCCCCUGACCCCCAGGUCUGAGCAGGGUGGUGGCGGCAGCUGGGGCACCUUCCCCGAGAAGCCUGCGGCCGUGGGUGUGGGACGCAAGCUCCUUCUGUCUCUGAGGCUCCUUCCUGCGUGAGCAUGGGGGCCCCGCGCGUCCCCGAGCGGACAGUGCUCUUCCAGCGCGAGAGGAGCGGCCUGACGUACCGCGUGCCCGCGCUGCUGCCCGUGCCCCCCGCGCCCACCCUGCUGGCCUUCGCGGAGCAGCGGCUCAGCCCCGACGACGCGCACGCGCACCGGCUGGUGCAGAGACGGGGCACGCUGGCGGGGGGCUCCGUGCGGUGGGGCGCCGCGCGCGUGCUGGGGACGGCCGCCCUGGAGGAGCACCGGUCCAUGAACCCCUGCCCCGUGCACGACGCGCGCACGGCCACCGUCUUCCUCUUCUUCAUCGCCGUGCGGGGCCGCACCCCCGAGGCCGCGCAGAUCGCCGCGGGCAGGAACGCCGCGCGCCUCUGCUGCGUGACCAGCCGGGACGCGGGGCGCAGCUGGGGCGCCGCCCGGGACCUCACGGAGGAGGCGGUGGGGGGCGCCGAGCAGGACUGGGCCACAUUUGCCGUGGGCCCGGGCCAUGGCAUCCAGCUGCGCUCAGGCCGCCUGCUGGUGCCUGCCUACACGUACCACGUAGACCGGCGGGAGUGCUUUGGCAAGAUCUGCAGGACCAGCCCGCAUGCCUUCACCUUCUACAGUGACGACCACGGUCGCACCUGGCGCCACGGAGGCCUGGUGCCCAACCUUCGCUCGGGCGAGUGCCAGCUGGCCGCGGUGGACAGCGGGCAGGCCGGCCACAUCCUGUACUGCAACGCCCGGAGCCCCCUGGGGAGCCGCGUGCAGGCGCUCAGUGCGGACGAGGGCACCUCCUUCCUGCCCGGGGAGCUGGUGCCCGCCCUGGCCGAGACCGCCCGGGGCUGCCAGGGCAGCGUCCUUGGCUUCCCUGCCCCACUCUUUAGCAGGCCGAGGAAUGGUAGAUGGCCAGUGGGUGCCGGGAGCCACUCCUACUCUCCACACCUCUGUCUUGGAGUCCAGGAACCCUCAGAGGAGGGUACUGGAGACACCCAAGGGGCCCAGGGGCCCAGCGGGAUGGAGGGAUGUAGGGACAGCCCCGAAGAGCCUGGCCUGGGGCCUGGGCUCAGUGGGAUCAUGGCGGCCUGGACCUCGAAGGUCCCCGGGCCCCCUGCCACCCUGUCUCAGAGCCCCACCUGGCUGCUGUAUUCCCACCCGGUGGGGCGCAGGGCUCGGCUCCAUAUGGGAAUCUAUCUGAGCCGGUCCCCCCUGGAUCCCCACAGCUGGACGGAGCCCUGGGUGAUCUAUGAGGGGCCCAGCGGCUACUCUGAUCUGGCAUCCGUCGGGCCAACUGUCAAGGGAGCCCUGACCUUUGCUUGUCUGUUUGAGAGUGGGGCCAGGGUCUCCUACGAGGAGAUCUCCUUCUGCAUGUUCUCCCUUGGUGAGGUCCUGCAGAACCUGCCGCCGGGCCCCAAGCCACCCGGCCUCGGGGACAAGCGUCUGGAGCGCUGCCGGCCUUCCUGACAGGCUCUCUGGUCUGACCCAUUUGUACAUACCUCAUAGUAUGCUUUGAAAUAAGAAACAAAAGUGGGCAGACUUCUAGGAGACAUAGAUCCACAGUUACAGUAGAAAAUUGUAGAUACAAGUCUCAAUGACUGACAGAGUGAGCAGACAAAAUCAGGCUGCACACAGAAGCUUUGGCCAACUUGCCCAAGAAGCUUCACUCAGUGGACACACGCACAGCACUGCACAGAACAGAAUCUACAGUCUGUUGGAGUACACGUAGGUGUGAAAAUUGACAUUAUAUUGGAUUAUGAAGUCAAGUCUCUAGAAGACUUAAAGGAUUGAAAAGUACAGUGAAAUUGAGCUGGAAAUGAAAACAAAAGGAAACUUAAAAUCUUCCUUGUGGGGGCA